AUGCCACGCAGUCAUGGGAGCAAGGCGGUUGCAGCUGCGGCUGCUGGAGCCGUAGUCACAGGAGGAGCUAUGGCUUUCACUGCCGGUCCGGGCGUCGCGGUGCCAAACAAGGUGCACAGCCACAGCUCAGCUGCUCCCGUCCAGCCAACCUCGGCGCCGGGCGCGGUAUCUGUGGCAACUGCUGCUCUGGGAGCAGCAGCGAUCGGCUCUGCGGCGGCUCGAGGGUCGCGCAGGGAGGCGAAGAAGAGGACAGCUGUGACGGUGAACCCUGAUGACAUGGAUGAGGUCUGUGAACAGACGGGGGUCACCCUUAGCCGCUAUUGCAUAGAGCUGGCGAACCGUGGCAUCAUUGACUCCGAUCUGGACUCGAUCCUGAAUUCCAUCCGUGAGGCUUCCAAGGUCAUCUCCAAGCUUGUCAACACAGCUCCGCUCCAGCAGGCUGAACUCUUGGGGCUGCAGGGCGAGAUCAAUGUCCAGGGCGAGGAUCAGAAGAAGCUGGAUGUUAUUACGAACGAUGUCUUCAAGAAUGCCCUUCGAUACACAGGUAAGCUGGGAACGCUUGCCUCAGAGGAGGAGGAUGAGCCGGUGGAUGGUUGGCUGGGAUCAAACGAGAGCGAGGCGAUCCCAGUGUUGUCAGAGGAGUUUGCGGAGACUGGAAAGUACAUCUGUGUCUUUGACCCUCUGGAUGGCAGCAGCAACGUAGAUGCAGGAAUCCCUGUGGGCACCAUCUUUGGAGUAUUCGAGGAGCCGAACAUGGCGGAGUGCGAGCUGCCUGAAGAUCUAUCGGCCGGUUUGACAGAUGAGCAGCAAAGGUGCCUUGCCGGCACUCUGCAGCCCGGAAAGUCCCUGGUGGCUGCUGGAUACGUCCUGUACUCUGCCUCCACGGAGCUCGUCCUGACCUUCGGCCACGGUGUGGUGGGCUUUACGCUGGACACCAGCAUCGGUGAGUUUGUCAUGACUCGACCUUCGAUCAAGAUUCCUGCCAGGGGCAAGAUCUACUCCUGCAAUCAGGCCAACAUUGGGGAGUGGGAUGAGCCAAUGAGGCAGUACAUCUCCGACAUCCGCGCCGGAACCGGCGAGUCUGGCAAGCCGUAUUCGCUGCGCUACAUCGGUUCCAUGGUCGGCGACAUCCACCGCACCCUCUUGUACGGCGGCAUUUUUGCAUACCCAGCAGACACGAAGAACCAGGAUGGCAAGCUGCGCCUCCUCUACGAAGGAGCACCCAUGUCUUUCAUCAUGGAGCAGGCUGGUGGCAAGGCGAUCACCGGCCACAGCAGAGUCUUGGACAUUCCGCCACAAUUCGUGCACCAGCGUGUGCCGGUGAUCCUGGGCUCCGCUGAUGACGUGGAAGAGUGCCGCAAGUACUAUGACAAGUCGGACGAUCCAGCUUUGAAGGAGCGCUGCGAGCGACGACUUCAAGGCCUGGUGCGAGCAUGA